AUGGUCAAGCGCAAACACCGCUCUAAUCUGGCGUCGGGCCUCCAAGGUUGUCAGCAAGUCCCGAAUUGCCACCAUCGAACCAUCCUCCGCUCAACCCAAAGCCUCGAAUCCGCAUGGCGGAUACUCGGAACGGACCCUUCCCAGUUUUACUUUGGCCAAAGCCAUACUCACGGCGCUUUUGGCAACGUCGGUAACGCCAGUGUCAGCUUUCUCGAGGACCACGACGAGCAAGACUUGGUGGACCAGAACGCUCUCGAGAUGGCCGUCUUCCGCCGAUUCCGAUUGGCGGCCAACACUUCCGGGGCGGGAAAAAUGGAAGAGGACGCCGCUCGGCAUCGGGAACAGAUUCUGACCUUGCGCCAGCAACGCAAAAUUUCUCCGACGACCGCCACAACGUGGCAGGUGGGUUGCCCUGAGAUCUAUCAUGCGAGACCCUGCAAUACAUAUCUUGCCGGAAAACGUCGGCAUUCGGCACAAAGUUUUGGCGUUUAG